AUGGCUGAUAUAAAGAAAAGACUUGUAUUCUCUAUUUUGCAGUUUUUACAACAGUCCAUUAAGGAUGGAACGAUUAAGGGAGAAGAUACUGAAAGUGUCGAAGUAGCAGUGCAAUGUAUUGGUGAAGCUUUCGGUGUGAACACCGAAGAUCCUGAUCAAAAAGCUCUUUAUGCCACAAAAGCCCCCUUGCUAUCAAUUUUUGAAGUAGCUGUGAAAGCUCAAGAGCGAAUAACCAAGGCGCCAACUCCUAAAACUACUACUGCAACUAAGACGGAACUCAGUGAGGAACAAAAAAAAAAGGCAGAAGAGUUGAAAGCAGCUGGUAAUGUCAAAGUGUCUGAAAAAGACUAUAAGACAGCAGUGAAAUUAUAUAGUGAGGCUAUUGCAAUCAACGAAAAUAGCGCUAUUUAUUAUGCAAAUAGGGCCGCUGCAUACAGUCAAUUAGGUGAACAUGACAAGGCUAUAGAAGAUGCUAUUAAAUCUUCUCAAAUAGAUCCUUCUUACAGCAAAGCAUAUAGUAGACUUGGACAUGCUUAUUUCUCUGUCGGAAAAUACCGAGAAGCGGUUGAAGCAUAUGAGAAAGGCCUUUCACUUGACCCAAAUAAUCCUUCUAUGAAAACGUCUCUUGCUACCGCUGAACAAAAAGCCAGUGAGCUAACCGACAAAGGAUCAUCACGAAGUACCCCCACAUCAGGUGGUGGUGCUGGACUUGGUGGAGCAUUCAAUAACAUUAUGAAUAAUCCUAAUAUUGCUGAAAUGGCACAAAACAUGAUGAGAGAGGGUCAGCCACCAAAUAUUAAUGAACUAAUGAAUAAUCCUGAUAUAAUGAAUAUGGCUCGUCAAUUCGCCAGCAAUCAGAGUGGAGAUGGAGACAAUACCGAAGCUUCCAGUGACAAUGCACAAUAA